GUAAAAAGCCAAGCAAGGCAGAGAAGAGACAGAUUGCAGCAAGUAAUCUUCAUGGCAACAAGAAGUUGACAGGUGGACGAAAGCAGGCACCUGGCGCGAAAGGGACUGCAGAACACUCCUCAGCGACAUUGUCCUUCGUUUUUGAAAACGGAAUGACAGCGCGUGUGCGAUCCACAGGCCCAGGACUUCACUUCGAUCAACAUUCUAAGGGUAAGGACCACGACCCAGUAGACUUUCUACUAAAUGAUUCUUCUCAAAAAAUACAAGGCCCUUUGUUCUGUAGUUCUUGCCCAGAAACAUCUUCUCCUUCUGCCAUUCAAGCUAGCACUACUGGUAAGGCGUUCUCUACGCUUCCGGCUGACGAUCCUGAGCGGCUUGCCUGGGAGAAAGGAGUCCUCGAAUUUUUUCAUCACGAGUUGGCCAAAGGAUGUGAGC